CAGAGGUUUGUUAGGGCAUGAAAUUGCUGCCAUCUUCUCCUGAAGAACUUCAUGUUAAGAUUGAUAAGACAUGAGCUUCGGGAAAUAAGGCUUAUUGGCAGAGGGAAUAGUGGAAAUAAACGUGGUUCUUCCACAAAAGAACAACUAUUGAGGAGGAUGAAACUCCCUAAGCGUUACAUGAUUGUCCUUUUAACCUUCAUCAGUACGUUUAUUUGCUAUGUAGAACGCGUGGGCUUCUCAAUUGCAUACACUGUCGAGGCUGAUGCUGCUGGUGUAAACCAAUCAAUUAAAGGUUCAAUACUUUCUACAUUCUACUAUGGAUAUGCCUGUUCACAAGUGGCAGGAGGAUGGGCAGCUCAGAGAGUAGGGGGAAGAUGUGUUCUCCUCGUCUCAUUUAUGUUAUGGUCGUUAACUUGUGGUUUUGUCCCAACAGAUCCAAAUCAUGUCAUAGUUUUGGUGAUAGCCCGCUUUCUUGUAGGCAUGGCACAAGGGUUUAUCUUCCCAUCCAUCCACACUGUGUUAGCACAGUGGGUUCAACCUCAUGAGAGGUCUAGAUGUGUUUCUCUUGCAACAUCUGGGAUGUACCUGGGUGCAGCUGCAGGAAUGCUUGUCCUCCCAAGCCUUGUGAAGCUCAGAGGCCCAAGAUAUGUUUUUCUUGCUGAAGCAGCAUUGGGUGCUGUAUGGUCAGUGCUUUGGUUAAGCUAUGCCAGUGACCCUCCUUUGCCUGAGCAUCCAAAAUCCAAUGCUGCUGGUUUUGGGCAGUUAUUUUCGUCAAUAAAAGAGAGUCAGAAGAUCAAAGUGGAGAAUGGAGGAGGUUCUAUCAGAAGUGCUAAAAUACCAUGGAAGAGCAUUUUAGUCAGCUUACCCGUUUGGGCAAUUGUGGCAAACAAUUUCACAUUCCAUUAUACAUUAUAUGUGUUGAUGAAUUGGCUGCCAACAUAUUUUGAAAAAGGCCUCCAGCUUAGUCUUCAGGAAAUGGGCUUUUAUAAGAUGAUACCUUUUCUUAACAUGUUUAUCUUCUCAAAUGUUGGUGGGGUAAUUGCUGACCACUUGAUCACCAAUAGGAUCUUGUCUGUGACUGGAACCAGGAAGUUCCUAAACACAAUAGGAUUUGUAGUUGCUUCUGUUGCAUUGGUGGCACUUCCUAUUUUCCACACUUCUGUUGGGGCUGUCUUUUGUUCUUCUAUGGCACUUGGUUUCCUGGCACUAGGAAGAGCUGGAUUUGCUGUGAAUCACAUGGAUAUUGCUCCAAGAUAUGCAGGAAUUGUGAUGGGAGUUUCUAACACUGCUGGAACAUUAGCUGGCAUUAUUGGAGUUGAUUUUACUGGGCGGCUUCUUGAAGCUGCUAAAACUGAUAAUUCAGAUCUUUUGAGUCCAGAAAGCUGGAAAUCAGUGUUCAUGAUACCGGGGGUGCUCUGCAUCAUCAGCUCACUUGGAUUUUUAUUACUCUCAACUGGAGAGAGGAUUUUCGACUGAGGUAAGCUUGUUGUAAUUGUCAUACGGCUCAUUAUAUAUACAAGUGUGUAAAUUAAACCUAUAAAGUGAAAGAAUUCAAGAUUGACUGGUUUAAA